UUGUUAAAUAAGUUUGGUACGCAAUCGUUAUCAAAGUAGAAUAUAUUUUCUAAUUAUCCCCUUAUACAUGCUAUUGAAAUAUAGUGUGGCUCCUAGUCUUUCCCAUUUCUUGGCAGAUAAACUUGUCGAUCUUAGUCGAAUGUUUUAAGCGAACUUUUAUUUUUUUUUUGUCAUGGCUGAUACAUUCGAGUAUAUUUACAGCCGGAUCGUGUCAGUGUGCGGUGAUAAAUGGUGGUACUCAACAGUUCGUUGAGAGCUGGUGAAGUUGCUAGUGUCUAGCAACGUGAAACAUGGGUGACGACAAUAAUGGGCAGACGAACGGGUGUCGAUGCGAAGAUAGACGCUACUACUAGCGAGCUGGAAGUGCUUGUCGCGUGCUCGGAGAAGCAGGAGGGUGAGAAGGAAGACGAGGGGGAGGGGAAGGAGAAUAUAUACAACGGAAGAUCCGCGACGAGAAUGGAAUCGCGGCACCCACGCAAGAAUCGUCUACGUAGCAUCGUCGGGAUAUGCCUAUUCCUCGCGCUGACUGGGAUCAUUUACCUGGGCUACUUCUGUCCGGAUCACGUGUGCGCUUUGACCAACCGCGAGAUCAGGGAGUCUAUUGGGCUAUCAGAGAGCCUAUCCAUCGCCCCUGGAUCACCUGUCGCUGGUUCCGCCGCACUCUCUUCAGUUUCCAUCGAGCUUGACAGAAACGGUCUGCUCUCGGUGCAUCCCGCUUUCAAACUACAGAGCAUCCAGGGUAGUCUAGGCUACGAUGACAUCUUUGCCAAUGACACCUUUCAGUUUGAUAUCAAUGCUCACGAUGUUAUGGUCUUCCUUCACAUACAAAAAACAGGUGGUACACUAUUUGGCAAACAUCUAGUGCGAGAUUUAGAAUUACAAAGACCGUGCUCAUGUCAACGACGACGCAAGCGUUGCUUCUGUUUCCGUCCAAAUCAUAACGAAAAUUGGUUAUUCUCACGAUACUCUACCGGCUGGAAGUGUGGAUUACAUGCGGAUUGGACCGAAUUAACAAAUUGUGUUGAUACGGAACUCAAUAAAAUUGAAGGAGAUGGAAUUAAGCGCCGUUACUUUUACGUAACUAUCAUAAGGGAUCCCGUUGCAAGAUACCUCUCCGAGUUUAGGCACGUACAAAGAGGUGCUACAUGGAGAGGUGCUCGUCAUUGGUGCGGAGGUACUCAAGCAAAUAUACCUCAGUGUUAUGAUGGUCCUAAUUGGAAAGGUGUUACCCUGGAAGAGUUUAUGGAAUGCCCUUACAAUUUGGCAAGAAAUCGUCAAACGAGAAUGCUGGCAGAUCUAUCGAUAGUCGGCUGUUAUAACUCUACUCUUAGCAAAACUGAUAAAGACCGUCUAAUAUUGGCUAGCGCUAAACACAACUUACAAUUUAUGCCUUUCUUCAUGCUGACUGAAUAUCAGAAGGUGGGGCAAUACACCUUCGAAGAAACAUUUAAAAUGCGAUUUGCGAUUGCAUUUGAGCAGCACAAUGCUACACUUAGUGCAGCCACUAUGGCAACCCUCAGCACAGAACAAUUAGACGCCGUACGUAAACUCAACAGCCUGGACCUAGAACUCUACGAAUUCGCAAAGAAUCUUGCUUUUCAAAGAUUUAAACGGCUUAGAGAUCGUGAUCCACAUUUCGUACAACGAUUCCAACACCUUGGUGAAUUGCCAUCUAGGCAAAGUGCCACAGAAUUUAAUUGGGAUUCUGUCAUUGAAGACACUACGGAUAACGAAUGAUGUAUUACAUUGCAAGAUAAUAAUAUUCAGUAAUAAGAUGUGAUGUAACACCUCUUCGUUAAAAGGCGAGAAAGAGUUGAAUCCACACACAGCAAAGUAAAAAUACAUAAAAGUCAAGGAGUACAACGUCAUUGGUUAGCAUGUCUAACAAACAAAAUGGAAAAGAUACAAAUUAGGAACAAUGGAAAGAAAUUAAUUUGAAAAUCAAGAAGAUAUUUAGUGAUGGAUUGUCGACUGUGUUUAAUAACGGGACAACUAAUUGAGGCGAGGAUGCAUUAAAAAAAUAUGAUACUUCCCUACAUACGAAAUAUAUUAAAAACAGCUGCAGUUGCAGAGACAUUACUGCCUACGUGGAACAGAUAAAACAACAAUUACAAACUAGAAUAAAGAAACAUAAGAAUAACAUCAGUCAAAAUCCAUCAUGACAAUCUAUAAUUACAGAACUAAAAUUUAAUCAAUAAUUUAAGUGAAAAUCGACCGAGAGAUGUUCAAACACAAAUAAAAGAAGAAUAUCAUUAUCAAAGUGAAUCCUAAUGCUUAAUAAUAUUCAUAUGAGUAUACAAAUACAAUUAUCAAUUCUAUAGACUGUGAACACCAUCAUCGAUCAAAUUUUUAAGAUAUGUUACUUUUGGUCUCUGCUGUACACUCACUGUAAAGAAGAACUUCGUGAUACAGACAUCUAACUUGUGUAAGUUUCUCACAAUAUUUAGUAUUUCUCACAUCUAUAUACUAUAUAAAUUCUUUCUUUUUUAAUAAAUGACUUGAUA